UACAGCCCUCCUGUGUGAUACUAACCAGCCAACUCUCUAUCAUCCUCCAGUUCAGACAUAAAGUUAAGACAGGAACACGAUCCAACAAUUAUGCUGAUUCGUAAUAAUUUCCUUUAUUUAUUUGCUGGAAUGACACUGGUUGGGGUCCUUUUUCUGGGGUACUCCUCCAAUUGGCUGAGUUGCAGACCUCAACAAAUAGACAGAAUCAAGACAGAGUGGGGGCAUGAAGACUUGAACUCAACACCUAGGACGGUGGACAAGCAUGAAGACUUGAUAUUGCACUCAUCACCUGGGACAGAGAAGAAGCAUGAAGAUUUGAGAUUACGCUCAUCGCCUGGGCUGCACUACAAACAGCCCAGUGCUCUGGAUGCUCGAAGAGAUAUUGCUACUGUAUCAUCAUGGUUGGCACCAAUUGUUUGGGAGGGAACCUUUGAUCCUACACUCAUCGACGACGUCUACAAACAAAAGAACCUCACCAUAGCGACUACUGUUUUUGUGGUGGGAAAAUACAUGAUAUUUUUGAAAGACUUUCUGGAGUCAGCAGAAGCACAUUAUUUUGUUGGAUAUCGAGUGCAUUAUUACAUAUUUACAGAUCAACCAGAAGCCAUCCCUAAUGUCAAGCUCGGUGAAGAACGUAAGCUGAUAGUGCGGAAGGUACCGAGUUCGAAUAGGUGGCAGGACAUCAGUAUGGGCAGGAUGCCAGCGUUGGAAAAACUAACUGAGAGUGAACUGGACAAUGAGGCUGACUACAUUUUCUGCUUCGAUGUGGAUGCAAUGUUCCAUGCCCGCUGGAGUGUGGAGACUUUAAGUAAUCUGGUAGCAGUGAUUCACCCUUGGUUUUAUAAUUAUCCAAGGGAAAAAUUCACAAAUGAACGUAGACCAGAGUCAGAAGCGUUUAUCCCAGCUGAUGAAGGUGAUUUUUACUACGCUGGUGGCGCGUUUGGUGGCAGAGUGCAGGAGGUGCAUAAUCUCACCAAAACAUGCACUGAGAAGCAGAGUAUUGAUCGUGCUAAAUCCAUCGAGGCACUAUGGCACGAUGAGUCUCACUUGAACAGGAUAAUACGAAUGACUGGUUCUUUGAAACAAACUUAUGACACCCGCAAGACCGGUCUCGGCCACGGCCACGGCCCCGGCACCAGCAUCUCCUCAUGUAUAUCCUCACACUUUAUCCCCAGACUUUUAGUUACACUACACUUCCCAGGACUCUGUGCACUCACUCAUCUGAACUGAUCAGUCACACCUGUAUCCCCUCAGUCACACCUGUACUCAAUUACCCACAUGGCAUUUAACCUCCACUUGCACCACCAGUCAUUGUCAGGUCUAUUUGUAUUCUAUCCUGUUGUAAAUCCCCUGACCUCAUAGUUCAUGUGUUACCCUUGUUUCCUUUGAUGUUUUGUGUACUCCUGGAUAUUAUCUGUUUCCUGUGGAUGUUUGUCAUUACACUGUGUCUAAAGUAAGUCAGCUUCACUUAACCCCGGUGUUGGAUCGUGUUUGUCUUCAGUGUAUGUGGAUUGUUACAAAACUUGGAAAGAACUGGAAUUCCUGGAGAAGAAUCAGACUCCCUGUUAAAAUGUUAUUACAUAUUACCUAAUUUUUAAAGGGAGAUAUCCAAAAUAUUCUGUUAAAGGUAUCUCUAGGAUUGGAUUUGAGAACCACUGGUUUAAAUGAUUGCACAGACAAUCCAGCACCCUCACAUUUCUAUGAAACAAAAGAAUACGUGAUGUUUACCUGUUCAUAGAGUUACAAUGUCUCUGGAAACCUAACCUAACAUCUGAACAAAUGGACGAUGAAACUUUUAAAAAGGCAUUCAUGUUGGCAAUGUAAAAGCCCACAUGCAUGAAGCAGCCAUAAGUAAAGAAAAAGGCAAAGCACAGUUAUUGUGUAAUGCUAGCAUUCAGAUCUCACAACCCACCCCUUACACAAAUAACUCAUUCAUUGAUGUUCGACAAACUGGAUUGGUGUGUUGAUUUUUGUUGACUUCACUUUAAUAGGCUCCCAUACAUUUUAACGGCAUGUUCAUGACAUGUUUUUCCCCUGAGGUGUGAUUUUAAUGCAAAAAAUAAUAUAAUUUUAAUCCUGUUUAAUGGAAAGAAAAACUUGAUAUGCUCUUUCUGAAAAGGUCUGUUCUAUGAUUGACAGCCUAAGAGAUGCACUAUUGGAUAACUGCAGAAAUGUAGGCAACAUUUUAUUCAUUUAUCUACCCAUAUUUAUGGCUCCGUAAUAGUAGGAUGGUUAGAUCAGGGAUGGCUAGAUGACAGAUUUGUGGAUACUAUCUAUUAUAGACAGAUGUACAAACAAAAUCCACCUCUAGUGUCAUCAUGGGCGUUAAUCUCAUUUAACAGUAUGGGGGACAAUAAACAUAACAUUUCUCAAGAGCAAUUUUUGAAGGGGAUACAAAUAAUACAGUCAAAAUUGUACUUACUACGAAACAAAGCAACAAUAUGCAUUAAGUUUAUAGGUUUAUCAUCCAGACUUGCAGUAAUAUUUUAAUACUGAACUGAACUGUCACAUACUGUAAUACAAGUGAAUACCUAAUAAAACUGUUUCCAUUUA